UUGUGUGUGCUCUGCAAGCCAGCUGCAAGGGUUUUCCGACUACCUUCUUUUUAUCGUGUUUUCUCCCGCUAUUAUUCCUUAAUCUCCUCUGUUUCUGCAUUUUCUCAACACAUUCAGUCAUGGUCUUCCUCAGAAGUAUCAGUUCAGUGGUUUCCCGAAAUUUCCUCAGAGGCUUCUCAUCAACUGGAAGUGCUGGAUGCAAAGCCGCCUUCUCUUGGGAAGAUCCGCUGAAUCUUGAGUCCCAGCUCACUGAGGAUGAGAUUGCGGUGCGAGAUUCCUUCAGGACAUAUUGCCAGGAGAGCCUGAUGCCGAGAAUAGUGGAAGCGAACCGCCAUGAGGUGUUCCACAGGGAAAUAAUGGAGGAGAUUGGGAAGCUAGGCGCUUUGGGCUGUACCAUUAAGGGCUACGGAUGCGCCGGAGUGUCCAAUGUGGCCUACGGUCUGCUGGCCAGAGAGAUUGAGCGUGUGGACUCUGCCUACAGGUCUGCCCUCAGUGUCCAGAGCUCGCUAGUGAUGGGGGCUAUUUAUGAUUACGGAACAGAUCUGCAGAAAGAGAAGUACCUGCCACGGCUGUCUCGCGGAGAAAUCAUUGGCGCUUUUGGCCUCACUGAACCCAACCAUGGCAGCGAUCCUGGGAGUUUGGAGACCCGGGCAAAGUUCGACAGCGCUUCGAAGACCUUCACACUCUCCGGGAGCAAAACGUGGAUAACAAACUCCCCAAUCUCUGAUGUGUUCAUUGUAUGGGCAAAGUGUGAUGAUGGGAAGAUUCGAGGGUUCAUCGUUGAUCGUGAACAGAGUGCCAAAGGUCUGGAUACGCCAAAGAUUGAGGGGAAAUUCUCACUGCGUGCCUCCACAACUGGCAUGAUCCUCAUGGAUGACGUGCGCGUGCCUGAGGAGAAUCUCCUGCCCAAAGUGGAAGGAUUGAAGGGGCCUUUUGGGUGUCUGAACAACGCCAGAUAUGGCAUCGCUUGGGGCGCUCUUGGGGCUGCUGAGGCGUGCUUCCACAUCGCCAGACAAUAUACUCUCGAUCGCAAGCAAUUUAGUCGUCCGCUGGCCGCCAAUCAGAUCAUCCAACUCAAGUUAGCCAAUAUGAUGACGGACAUCACUCUGGGACUGCACGCUUGUCUGCAAGUGGGUCGCCUCAAGGAUGAGAAGAAGCACACUCCUGAAAUGAUCUCGCUCAUCAAGAGGAACAACGCUGGAAAGGCACUGGAAAUCGCACGAGUGGCCAGAGAUUGUCUCGGUGGGAAUGGCAUUGCUGAUGAAUACCAUGUCAUCAGGCACGCAAUGAAUCUUGAGGCGGUCAACACGUACGAGGGAACUCAUGAUAUUCACGCCCUGAUCCUGGGAAGAGUCAUCACAGGCAUUCCUGCAUUCUCAUAGAAGCGCCCCGAUUUCCUGACGAGGGAGAAAAUUCCCCAACAUAGGCAUUUGUAGAGAGAUUUUUUUGAUAAAGUUGCGCCAUUCUGCUAUUUUCUGUUACUC